AUGGGAAUAUUCGUGAGAAUAUGGACGAUAGUUUUUCUGGUGAAACUGUCGUACGCCGGAAAAUCGGUGGACGUGUUGACAUCUAACAAUUUGAACACCCUGGAAGAGGAGGAAAUUCUUCUGGUACUGUCCCGAAAUAAAACCAUAUCCGCGAACAAUUUCACGCUGAUCGAGCUGAUCGAGAACCAAAGGAAUCACACGAUCGAGACGAGCAAGGACACGUUGCGGACGGAAAAGCUGGACGAUCCACACACUAAUUCUUUCUACAAUGAUUUCUCCGAGGAAAUCGAUCGGGAAGCAAAGAGAUUGUUACAAAUCCUUCCAGCUUACAAUCCCGGUGUUGGACGAGUGAGCCCUCAAUGCAAAAGGCAUUCCGAAAUUUUUCAUAGGGAACUCGCCAAAUUCACUUUAUGGGCUCUUAAAAUGUACGAUGCAACGGCAAAAAUACCAUCCGGACUCCUGAACGGAAAUAUCAAUCAGUUUGGCGACUUCGACGAAUGUAUCGGAAUACAGGGAAGCGAAGGAAUUCAAGGACAAUAUUGUUUGGCGUAUCUCCACUUGAAAAUCGACGAAUCACGAAUAGAUUUGAAGCAUCUUCAUCGGUUGGUGCAUUCGCAUUACGCUUUCAAAAGCAAUAUUACCGAUGCUGGACAUCGACUACCUCGAUAUAGUAUAGUAAAUUGGGCAGUUUGUACACCAGCAUCGUGUAAUUUUAAAGAUGUUGAAACAUCUCUUCAUGAUAUUCUUACACGAUAUACUUCUCAAACUGGUCUAAAGAUUACAGUAAAAGUGAAUAAAGAAAUGUGUCAAGUAAAAAGAAAAUCUAUACCAAAUGAAACUAUGUUUGUUAGUUUAUUUUUCAUGGCUAUAUUUGCAUUAACAAUCAUAGCAGCAUGUUAUGAUCAUUAUAAAAUACCAACAAGUGAACUACUUUUAUCAUUUUCUUUGAAACGAAACUUUAAAAAGCUUAUAUCACUAGAACGAGGACAAAAUGAUAUAGCUACACUUCAUGGUGUAAGAGCUAUAAAUGCUAUGAUGUUGGUUUUAGCGCAUAAAAGCAUGGCUCUUUUUUUUAAUCCUUAUUCAAAUAGAACAGAAAUGAGCGAAUAUCUUGGUAAACCAUGGACUGUCAUAGGAAGAGCUGCUAGUCUUUAUACGGAUCCAUUUAUAAUGCUUUCUGGUCUAUUAACGUCAUAUUCUUUUAUUGAAAAAUUAAAAAAAAAUGGCAAUUUAAAUAUUAAAGAUGAAUAUUUGUCUCGUCUAAUUAGAAUAGUACCACCUUUAGCAACUCUGAUAUUGUUGUGCACUUAUGUAUUACCUUAUUUUGGUUCUGGACCACAAUGGAACUUGGUGGUAACUGAACAUGCAAAUAUUUGUAAAAGAACAUGGUGGAGAAAUUUUUUAUUUAUCCAUAAUUAUUUUGGUUUUGAGUCUAUGUGUCUCACACAUACUCAUCACCUAGGUAUAGAUACUCAAUUAUUUAUUCUUUCACCUUUAAUGAUACUUUUCCUUUAUAAGAAGCCAAAGACUGGAACUGUUUUUCUUAUUAUAUGUGCUUUACUUUCAACAGCACUUCGAUAUUUUGUUACUUAUUAUAAGAAAUUAAAUAAUUAUGUUUUUUUUGGUACAUCAAUAAAACAAUUAUAUGAUACUGCAAAUUAUUCAUAUAUUCUACCAUCACAUAGACUGACUGUUUAUAUAAUAGGAAUUUUCAUAGGUUAUUUAUUAAGAUAUUUACCUAAAGAUUAUAAGAUGAAUAAAAUAACUCUAUAUGUAGGUUGGAUUUUAUGUACAAUAAUGUUUUGUUGUGCAUUUUUUGGACCUGCACAUAUGGGAUCUAUAAAUUAUAUAUAUAAUCCGAUAGAUGCAGCAAUGUAUAAUGCAUUUGCUCCUAUUGGUUGGUGUGCAAUUUUUGCAUGGGUAAUUGUGAUGCAUCAUACUGGAAAUACAAAUGGUUGGUUUGGUAAAUUUUUAGCAUGGAAAGGUUUUCUAAUCACUACAAAAUUGAGUUAUGCAAUAUAUUUAACACAGUUUCCAAUAUUCUUUUACAAUGUUGGAAGCAUUCGAAGUGCUGAGCAUUUUGAAUUCUUUAGCAUGCAAUUCAAUUUACAUGAACUUUUGUGGAUUAUUAUGUUGUCAAUAACUCUCACUUUACUAAUUGAUACACCAUUUCAAAAUAUUAAAAAUUAUUUAAUGAGAAAAUCUUCAAAAACAACGAAAUUGUUAAAAAUGCAAUAAUUUUAUCAAUAACUAUAAUUCAAAUA